UGGAAUGUACAGUGUGAGAAACUCACCUGCUGAUGAUUUAUUAGUGUCAUAUUUAAGCAGCUUUCGCUGGAGUUAGUUAGUUAGUUCUUAUCCUUUGACAUUAAGCUAGCGUUUGUAGUUGUUUAUUGGUAUGUUUUGUCUUAUUCUCCGUGCUACUACCUGUGUUUGUUUUUUUUUUUUGGUAUAGCCUAGCAUGGCUCUCAGCCUAGCAUGGCCAAGUUUCUUCCACCCUUUUCUGUUUUUUUUCCGUGGGUUUUGUUUGGACUUCGACUGUUCCUAAUAAAGAGACUCUUUAUUUUAUCUCUUUAAGAGACUCGGGGUCACUCGGAACCUAAACGUCGCAUUUUCACCUUCUAAUGGACACCAACUAAAGUUCAACGAAACAGUUGUCUUCAUGACAAUGCAGCUGCGGAGACAAUUAAAUGAUGAAAAAAAGAAGACGAGCGUGGGGGUUUGUGUGUGUGAUGAUGAUGAUGAGGAGGAGGAGUAAACGAGGCAGAGGAAGAGGCGGAGGGAUGAAGGAGAGGGGGAGCAAGAGACCCCGUCGCGUUUUGACCCUCGGAAACCUUCCCGCACACCGCCACCAUCAUCACCCCUCCUCUUCCUCCUCUCUUCUGGAGCCUGAAAACCAGCAUCGCUCCUUCGCUCCGGUGACAUUUUGCACUUUGCAGCGCGGACGACGAGCCUUCUCGCUGGACCUUCUCCUUCUUCCAUCGGCACCGAGCAUCCCCGCCUCCCCCGCCGCCUGUGCAGCACAGCCGGACCGAGAGGCGCUGCAGGCGGAAGCGAGGAGCUGCAGGAAGCCGCUGCUUCUCUGGACUUAAAAAACACACAACUGGGAGAUAUUUACGUUUAGGUGCGACAUUUUGUAGUGUUGUACAUAUUUAGCACCGCUGAGGACCGAGGCUGAGCUUGCUGGACUAUAACCGGGCAGAGCAUCAUCAUCUCCGGGGAAGGACCGACUGGCGAGUCGCAUGGAGAAGAGGUAUGAAGAACUGGUGCAGUACUCAGGGUCGGAGGGCAUGUCGCUGGGGGUCUACGGGGACGAUGUCAGACCACUUCUACCCGCUCAGUAUGGAGCCGCCAUCCCCGACUCCCUGAAACAUCACAAGGACCAGAUCUAUGGUCACCCACUGUUCCCACUGUUGGCCUUAGUUUUUGAAAAGUGUGAGCUCGCCACCUGCUCCCCGCGUGACACCUCCUCCCUGUCAGCCGCCUCCCACCUCCCCGGCAUGACCAACCACAGCGACGUGUGCUCCUCCGAGUCCUUCAACGAUGACAUUGCUGCAUUUGCUAAACAGAUUCGUUCAGAGAAACCCAUAUUUUCCUCCAAUCCUGAACUGGACAACUUGAUGAUCCAGGCAAUUCAAGUUCUUCGCUUUCAUUUGCUGGAGUUAGAAAAGGUGCACGACCUUUGUGAUAACUUCUGCCAUCGUUACAUCACCUGUCUGAAGGGCAAAAUGCCCACAGACCUGGUCCUGGAUGAUCGGGAGGGGGGCUCCAAGUCUGACAUGGAGGACUUUAAUGGAUCCUGCACCAGUUUGUCCGAACAGAAUGCGUCAUGGUUACGUGAGCCUGAUGAAUGUGCCACCACUCCUUUGGGAACGCCAGGAACCUGUGGGCUGCCUUCACACAACACAGCAGACAACUGUAGUGAUACAGGAGAUGGUCUGGAUGCUGGAGUGGCCUCCCCAAGCACAGGAGAUGACGACGAGUCUGACAGGGAGAGGAGGAACAACAAGAAGAGAGGCAUCUUCCCCAAAGUGGCCACCAACAUCAUGCGAGCUUGGCUCUUCCAGCAUUUGUCGCAUCCGUACCCCUCGGAGGAGCAGAAGAAGCAGCUGUCGCAGGACACGGGUUUGACCAUCUUACAGGUCAACAACUGGUUCAUCAAUGCAAGGAGGAGGAUUGUUCAGCCCAUGAUCGACCAGUCAAAUCGCUCAGGUCAGGGUGGUCCCUACAGCCCAGAGGGGGCAGCGCUUGGCGGUUACGGGCUUGACGGACAAGCCCACCUCGGGCUCCGAGCGGCAGGUCUCCAGGGGAUGCCAUCCCUGCAGGGAGACUACCCUGGUGCUCUGCUGUCCCAAGCAGCCUACCCUCCCCACCCGGGACCUUCCCUCCACCCCUACCCGGGCCCGCACCCGCACGCCGCCAUGCUACUCCACCCGCCGCCACAUGCACACCCGGCAGAGCCCCUCCUCGCACAAGGACUGGACAUCCAUGCACACUAGCCGGGACGGACGGGAGUCGGUGUGACUGUGGUGCAUGACUCGGAGAUAAUAUUUAAAGAAAAACAGGACAAAUUGCUCCAAAGUUUACAUUCCCUACCCUGAAGACAACAACCUCAAUGUAGCACACACACACACACACACACACACAUGCACACACACUCUGAUGUAAGCCAUACCUCUCUCAGAGUAGAAGUGCUUCCUCCACUCCACUGUGUCCCACGGAUAAGACCAACGCUUUAAACGUCAUUGUUGGAGACCAACUAAAAGGGACUCGAACCUGUGACCGUAUGCCUUCUUCCAUCUCCGUCUUCCUGCACACGUGACUGUCGGACACCCCCCACUCUCCUCACACGUUUUAUUUAAGACCCAUUUGAGUUUCUACUUAUUCUAUUUUUCUAUUUAUGUGUGCUAAAUCUUGGCGGAUGCAGCUCAGAUGUUCAAAUGUUCAAAUGUUAGCGCUCUUCCUCGGCAUGAAGCUAAAACGCAAUGAAUGACUUCCUGUCUGCCUCGCUGUCGUACCGAUGACCUCCUUAAUAUGCCAACAGGUGUCCGUUACACACACACACACACACACACACACACAUAGAAGGACACACACUGACGAGACAGGCUCUUUAAGCAUUUGAUGACAUUUAGUGUUUGAGGGCGGAGCUGCAACCAAAGGACUUAAACAUUCUGCUCCCGCUCGACUUUGCUCGGACUGCUGAAACAUUAUUUCUGAAUGAUGUGCUCAUUGAAUUAAAAUGUUUUUUUUACCGAGUGUUGAUUGGUCGU